AUGGUUUGCGAUGAUGGCUUGCACGCACCAUCGCCUCACGUCCGACGCAAGUCACUCCGUCGUCUUGCAUCUACACGAGGCUUUAAAAUACGAACUUCGAACGAACACGGCUGGAUACGCGUUUUCGAUGGGCUAGAACCUUUCGCUGUUGAAUGUCCAAGCAAACUUGUUAGGAUUUCGAAGAAGACUACAGUUGAAGAAUUAAACAAAAAGCUAGGCCUGAGUGAUGAACUUACAAUAUGGCUUCAAACAGGCGGUGAAAAUUCUCGACGUCUGGAACCGAAUGAAUGUCCUCUGCAAAUACAGGAGGAUUUUCUUAUGAAAAAUGGGUGGAUUUCCGAAGCACGAAGAUUACGAUUGGCAGUUGACCCUGAGUUGCGUCAUACACUUCGUUGGUGUGCUGGGCCUUCUGGACCAUCAGGUGGAGUUCUGCAAUCGGGAACUAUCCACGUACUUAAAGGUCAUGUAUUUCCACAGUGGAAACCUCGGCAAGCGUAUAUCAUUGGGUCCAGACUAUAUACCUACGGUGUAGCAUGGGAUGUUCUAGAAUUAAGCGGAGGAAGUAUUGAGCUAUGUCAACCUAAAGCUCAAAAGCUGGUGGUUUGCGUAAAGCCUCGUUGUCAUGGCAACAACCUGCUUGAAUCUGGUGUAAAUCAUCUUUUUCUGGGCUUCAGUACACUUUGGGAAAGAAAUAUGUGGUUCUGUUGGCUGAAAGAGAGUACUCAAAGCACGCAACCACCGAACGUUCUAGAUCUAAGUGGAGGUGGCCGCACUUCACUGGAAGCUGUGCUGACGCAGCAUGCCUCAAACGACUUCGCGAUACGCGUAUUACGCAUGCGCAGCAGCGCAUUGUCGACGCUGCCGCAGCAGACUUGCACGUUGACAGCGCUCACUCACCUCGACAUUAGUAAUAAUAAGAUCUCUGAACUACCUGCAGAGAUAUGUCAGCUCACUCAAUUAGAAGAGUUGCAAAUCAGCGACAACGAACUACGAUCGUUGGACUGCGUGUUACAACUACCGCGGUUAAGAACGUUGGUCGCUGUUCGAAACAUGAUUACAAGUUUUGAGAAAAAUAAUUCAAGGUCAAUGUGCCUCGAUGAUGAGAACAGACCGCAACAACAAGCACCAUUGACUAGCAUCGAUCUCCGCCAUAAUAGAUUAAAAGGAAGCAUUGUUCUUGGUAAUUAUGAACAUUUGGUAACGUUAGAUAUAUCGCAUAAUGCAGUGGAAGUUCUAGUAUUAUCAGCUCUACAAGGUCUAAGAGAACUCUUUGCAUCACACAAUGCUCUCCAGCAUCUUGCAUUGCACGGCGCUUCGUUGAGAAUAUUGAGUGCUCCUUAUAACCAAAUGGAAACCUUAACUACAACUGUGCCGCCUAUCAACUUAGUAGAACUAAACGUAUCACAUAACAGACUGACUUCACUACCGCAAUGGCUCAGUGGUUGCUCGGACCUUACGACACUUCACGCGAGUAAUAAUUAUCUCACAUCACUUCCGGAGCAUUUAUUCUGCAGUGAACUUUCAAGUCUUAGUAAUUUACAUCUUGCACAUAACAAAAUUUCAAAUAUUCCGUCGAUGCCUCGGUUAAGGUCACCGCUGAAAAAACUUCUAUUACACGAUAAUUGUAUACAAAUGUUGCCUGAAAAUUUCUUUUCUGUAUGUGACAGAUUGUGUAUAUUAAAUUUAUCCAAUAACAGACUAAGUAGAUUACCGCGUGUAAGGGGACCACCUUCACAAAAUCUAGAGAGGCUGUAUUUAACAGCGAAUUGUUUAACAGACGAUGUUGUCGAUGUAAUCAUUGCUUUCCGAAAAUUAAAAAUACUACAUUUGGCUUACAACUGUUUGACAAGUUUGCCUGAAAAUGCAUUUAAUUUUUGGCCCGAAAUAGAAGAACUCGUGGUCUCUGGCAACUCUAUCACGAAACUUCCCGAUAAUUUACCUCAAUUAAAUAAUAUCCGCAUCGUGCGCGCUCAUUCAAAUAGAUUGCGAUCGGUUCCUAUGUUUGCAUGCAGUGCUUCCGUUAAAAUAUUAGAUUUUGCUCAUAAUGAACUUGACACUGUAGAUAUAAGGCUCUUGGCUCCAAAACAAUUGAAAUUUCUUGAUAUUUCAUGUAAUAAGAAAUUACAAGUAGAUCCUUCGCAGUUUAAUUCAUAUAGAUGUCAACGACCUUUAAGCUUAGUAGACGUAACUGGAAGAAAUUCUGUACCUUUGUCCCAUAAAAGUGGUUAUCACGAAGAAUUAAUUGGAGUUACUCCAUGGACCACCGGAUUUUCUGAAUGCCCCAAUAAAUCGUUACAGUUAUGUUGUGCUCAAAUACGUCUUCCAUCAUUUUGUAACAAAGAAGGCCUCUUUGCAAUUAUCGAUGGAGAAACAGACACAGAAGUUCCAAGAAUAUUACAAACAUGUUUACCUGGCCUUUUGCUUGAGGAAAAAUCUAUAAAAGAAACAGUAAAUGAGUAUAUGAAAUAUGUUGUUUUAUCAGCGCAUAGAGAGUUAAAGGAAAAGGGACAACAAAAAGGUGCUUGCUUAAUUAUGUGUCAUUUAUCACCAAUUAAUUCUCCUGAAAAUGGAUUUGGACACACGCCUAAAAGAUACAAUAUGAGAUUAGCUAAUGUUGGGGAUACACGGGCUGUUUUGAGUAGGCGUAACGGACCAUUAAGUCUAGGAAUUGAAAACAAUAAGCGCUUAGGCCACUCUUCACGGUAUCCAAAUACAGUACCCGACCCCGAUGUUAUUCAGACUAUUAUCAAAGACGACGAUGAAUUUUUGAUUUUAGGAAAUGGGAUAUUCUGGAACGCAGUCAGUGUGGACGCAGCGGUGUCAGAAGUACGAGCUGAAAGGAACCCCGUUCUUGCAGCAAAGCGCUUACAAGACUUGGCUCAAAGUUAUGGAGUGGAAGACUGUAUGUCAGUUUUAAUAGUACGAUUUGAUACAGGUGGACAAGCUGAUGUAGAUUUGUUAAUGAGAGAACUGAGACAAACAAUUGGCAGUACUAAGUCAGUUUGCAGGCCAGACUGUUGUUGUUCAAGACUUGAGCCUUGUUGUCAUUCCAUCACACCACCAAAAACAUGUAGUGAUCGAUCAUCGCCCAGUGGUCAAAGCGAUCUUCCACCCAUAGAAGUCGUAAGUCCGCAACAUUAUGCAAGUGUGCGAUCACAAAAUAGAGCGUCUGAUCGAAAAAGCCGAGGUGGCGUUGCUCGCGCUAUACGAGUUCGAGUAGAAGAAGAAAAAGAGGAUGAACAAAGGAAAGAAGAACUCCCUUCAUCUGAAGAACAGUUUAAAUGUUGGGAAUAUAUGUUAGAACAAAAUACUCAGAUGUUGUUUAAUAAGGAAUUGGAUAAUCUAUCAAAAGGAAUAAAAUCAAAUGUAAGUACACUUAAAUCUUUGAAAGGUUUAUCAGGAAGUAGUCCUCAGCUACAUUUAACAGAAAAACAAUCUAAAAGUGUUCCUUUUUUAUCAAAGCAUUUUGGAAGCGCUCGCUCAUUUGGCAAUGCAUUGAAACCAGAAUUUCGUUUCGGUUCUGGUAGAUUAGCAAAUGGUGGACCAAAUGCUGCAUAUUUUGGUUCACUUCAAAGAUUGAUGCCAUAUCACUUAGAAUACGACUUCGCUGUGAUACAAGAGAAAGGGGGACAAUCACAAGAAUCACUAGACCUCGAAGGACGUAUGCAACAAUAUUGGGGAGUUGCAACAACAGAGUUGUAA